AUGAAAGAUGUCACUUUUUGUUUCUUUGUUUCCUAUCUUCUACAGCCUCACCUGUUAUCCCCUUCCACCUCACCAGCUAUCUUCUUCAGCCUCACCCGUUAUCCUCUUCCACUUAACCUGAUAUCCUCUUCCGCCUCACCUGCUAUCCUCUUCCGCCUCACCUUUUAUCCUCUUCCGCCUCACCUGCUAUCCUCUUCCGCCUCACCUGUUAUCCUCUUCCGCCUCACCAGCUACCUUCUUCACCCUCACCUUUUUUCUUUCUUUCUUUCUUUCUUUCUUUCUUUCUUUCUUUCUUUCUUUCUUUCUUUCUUUCUCCCUUCAUUCUUCUUUCUUUCUAUCUAUCUUUUUCCUUCUUUUUUCUUACUUCUUUCUUUUUAUUUCUUUCUUUCUUUCUUUCUUUCUUUCUUUCUUUCUUUCUUUCUUUCUAUGUAUCUUUUUCCUUCUUUCUUUUUUCUUACUUCUUUCUUUCUUUCUUUCUUUUUUUCUUUCUUUCUUUCAUUCUUUCUAUCUUUCUUUCUUUCUUUCUUUCUGUCUGUCUGUCUGUCUUUCUUUCUGUCUUUUUUCUCUUCCCUCUUUCUUUCUUUCUUCCUUUUUUCUUUCUUUUUUUCUUUUUUCUUUCAUUCAUUCUUUCUUUCUUUCUUUCCUUCUUUCUUUAUUUUUUUCUUUAAUAAUCAUCUAUUCCUUCUUUCUUUCUUUCUUCCUUUCUUUCUAAAUUUUCUUUCUUUCUUUCUUUCUUUCUUUCUUUCUUUCCAUCUAAUUCUAUCCAUAUUUAUCAUUAUCUUUUUCUUUUUAUUUUCCUAUCCUUCUUUCUUAACAUUUCUUUCAUCUUUUUCCUUUUAUCAUUCGCACAGUUUUUUUAAGUGA